GAGUUUAAACAAACCAGAGCCUGAACGGAGCUCACACACACACUCUCACAGCUGCUGCUCAGCGCUGAGGAAACUUCUGUGAGCUGUCUGGGAAAGUGGAGCUGAGAUCUGGUUGUGGCAUUUCUGUGGAUGGUUGCUUCUUUUAAGUUUUUUUUUUACAGCUGUUCACAAGCUAAAGGUCAAACCUGGUCCCUUUCAGACGGACGACAGAGUGAGACAUCUCCUUUAAAGAAAGGCACAUUGAAGGAGCAGCAGACUGAGACAACAGAGAAAAAGCUGAAGGAGUGACGAUAAAACAGACCAGACAUUUGCUCCCCCCCUGCAAACUUUCAUCUCAACCCUUGUCCAUCAACCACCCCCGUGCCCACCCCCCCCCCCUUCCCUUCCCCUCAAGCCAAACCUUCAGCAAACUGCUGAAGAUAUACAUUCCCGACUGACAAGAGGAUCUUUUUCUGGCUUGUUUAGAGAGGGUCAAUGGAAGCCCCGACCCUGGCUGAGAUGGGAGAUGCGUGUCACCCCUGCUCUUCCUCCCCAGAGGGAGAGACCGUGUGCGAUGCUCUGGCCCGUUUUGAGAAUACCCUGCGGGACGCCAUCAGGGAGAUCCACGUGGAUGUCAGCGCUUUUAAGAUUGGCAUGGAGCAUCGCUUGGAGGAGACGGCCAACCUGGGCGGGCCCCUCGGACGAGCUGUGGCUCAGCUCCAGCAGGAGAACCUGCAGCUCAGGAGCCAGCUGGAGGCUCUUACCCGACAGGUGGAGCUCCUGAGCGGGAUGACGUGUGACAGGAGCAGCUUGCUUAACAACGGCCACAACGGUCACGGUCAGAACCACAAGAAUCAUCUGAGCGACAUUCAGGAGAACCAUCAGGAGAUAAAGGAGGUGAUCUAUGGGAAAGGUGAAGCUCACACUCAGAGCCAGGGUCACCUCCACAUCCAGUCCUGCAGCCUUGGCAGCCCGGGACAGAACCACAUCAGCCUCAGCAGUCAGUCCAGUCCUGCGUCCCCACCUGUGACCUUCUCAUCGUCCCCGAGCUCCAGCAGUCCUUCCGUUGGCUCCAGAGUUUCCUCCAUGGUGACCGGCUCAGUGUCAAGCAGCAGCCCCUCAGCCGCCCGCUUCUCCAGCCGAGCCAUAUUUGCUGUGUCAAGCAAGACCAAUAGUAUUGAGCGAGAGGAGCCAAUAGAGGUGGACCCCGCCCCAACACAUGCUGCACUGGAGAACGGACAUGCUGUCACCACAGCAGAACAUACAGCAUCGGUACUCGGAAAGAUCUCUCCACCCAGUGACUUCCCACAUGAGCACACAGCCUCCGUCGCCAUGCGGAUGCCUCACCUCCCCAUCACCGCGACAACUAAAACAGCAGAAAUGAAAUCCCCAAGCUCUCCCAGCAGCCCUGUUGGCUCUCUGUCCUCUCCGGUCUCCGAGUCCUCACCUAACGGCAACCAGAACCAGCCAAUAGAGGAGUCUCCACUUCAACCAGUUUCCUCCACAUGGACACCUUCACCUGUCAGAGCUACAGGGUCUCCCCGCCUUCAAGAGAAGGUAAACUCAGCCCCAGCUAAGUCUGUGACGUACUCAGGACUGAUGCAGCACGACAGAGACGGCGAUGAAAGCGGUAACAGAUCCUUCGGGCAGGUAGGUGAGAGGAGGCGGGAGCUGGUGAGGUCACAGACUCUACCUCGAAACAUCGGGGCCCAGGCUCGUCGUUCCAUCUUUGAGAGGCUGGAAACUGAAGCCAACAACAGUCGAACAAAACCAGUGGACUCCAAACCCAAACUGAAGCGGUCUCAGAGUUUUGGGGUGUCCAGUGCCAGCAGCAUCAAACAGAUCCUCCUUGAAUGGUGCCGCUCCAAAACCAUCGGAUACCAGAACAUCGACAUCCAUAACUUCUCGUCCAGCUGGAGCGACGGGAUGGCUUUCUGCGCCUUGGUGCACUCCUUCUUCCCCACCGAGUUCGACUACACCUCUCUGUCCCCCGCCAACCGUAAACACAACUUUGAGCUGGCCUUUGGGACCGCAGAGGUGAAGGCAGGCUGCGACCGGCUGAUCGAGGUGGACGACAUGAUGAUCAUGGGCCGUAAACCUGACCCCAUGUGUGUCUUCACCUACGUCCAGUCGCUCUACAACCACUUGCGCAAAUUCGAGUGAAGAAUGAAAUCUGGAUGAUCAGCACAGUUUAUUCAUUGUUUCUGUUCUAAACUCUGAGCUGAUUGGGGAUACUGAGCAGAGGGAGCACUUCGAAAAGACUGCACUGCCCCCUCUUGGUGGAUUUAUAAACAUACCCCCCCCCCCCACAUGCUACAUGAGGAACGCUCACAGCUUACCUCACAGGUACACGGUGGACGAUGACUCUUGGAUAGAAAACUGUGUGUCCUGUGAUGUAAUGAAGAAGAUAAAUUACAAAAAAAAUAUGAUCAGGGUUGGUUUGUUUUUUUAUAUGUGUGUGUGUGUGUGCGUGUGUGUAGUCGUGACGUUUUGGAUGCAACUAUCCCUGUGAUGUUUAAGUGUCCUUAUUAACCUUUAAAAUUGCACCAAUAGAGAGGAUGUGUUUUACAAACCUCACUGAAUAACUGAACUGUAGGAGCACACUGCGGGCUGGAAUACUGACAAAUAAUAAUCAUGAUGUGUUGGUAACAUGGAGCUCAUUGUCCACUGAUAUAUUUACGUCCACAUGCUGUGAUGUUGUGUUAUUGAAAUGAGAUGAGGGAAAUAAAAUCAAUAAAUUGAACUGUUUUACA